AUGGAAGAGGAUAAGGACUCAGAUACCCUCCAAAUUUUAAAUGAUAUAAUUAAUAAUGAACCAAAUUUAGAAAUUUAUGUAAAAUCCAAAAAUAAUAAUUACAUUUCAAGCAGAGAAUUGCCAACGCAAGAUUCAUCAACCAAAACUUCAAAUAUUACUACGCCAAAUAAUAAUAAUAAUAAUAAUAAUAAUAAUAAUAAUAAUAAUAAUAAUAAUAAUAAUAAUAAUAAUAAUAAUAAUAAUAAUAAUAAUAAUAAUAAUAAUAAUAAUAAUAAUAAUAAUAAUAAUAAUAAUAAUAAUAAUAAUAAUAAUAAUAAUAAUACACCAACAUCAUUAAAUUCAUCAUGGAAGUCAGUUGUACCAAAAAGAAAAAUUGAUACAUCUAGUGGUGCUAUUUUGAAUAAUAAUAAUAAUGUCGGAUCCCCGAAUAAUCAAUCAACAUCACAAACAAAUCAUCAGCAACCACCACCACAACAAUUACAACAACAACAAUCAUUAUCAUCAACAUCCACACCAUCAAUAUCACCACCAAUGUUAUCACCAUCAAGAAGGAAUGUGACAUCACCCAAUUUGACAAGGAGUGAUCCAACAGUACCAAUUACCAACUCAAGACCAACAUCACCACUUACACCACCACUUUCUCCACAAUUUCAAUUAAAUAAUUUAAAUUUUGAUGAUAAUAAUGAUCAUUCAACCACCACCACUAAUAAUAACAAUAAUAAUAAUAAUAAUAAUAGCAAUAAUAAUAAUAAUAAUAAUAGACCAAAAUUAAUGAGAGAAAAUUCAAUAAAUAAAAGAUCUUCAUUACAAACUUUACCAGUAUCUUCCUCCUCUUCUUCAUCGGCAGAAGAUGAAAUAUUAAUAAAGGUUUGGUUACCAAUGGAAUAUACUGGUCAACUUUAUAAAGUUAGAAAAUUUAGUGGUGGUAGUUCAACUUUAAAAGUAUCAUCAAUGCUAAAUUCACAACUAUCGCCAAUGUAUCAAUCACCAAAAAAUAAAUUAUUUUUAAAUAAUGAAGAAAAACCAAUACCAAGUCAUUUAACUUUAAAAGAUUUAUCUUUAUCAAAAUAUGAUAUUUUAUAUUUAAGAAGAGAACCUGAAUAUGAAUUAAUUAUACCAUCAUCACCACAAUGUGGAUCACUUGUUAUGGAUAAAGAUAUUAAAAUUGAUGAUAUGUUAAUAAAGAUUGAACAUUGGUUAAAGGAUAUUUUAGAUCAUGCACCACAUAGUACCUCACAACAACAACAACAACAACUACAACAACAACCAAUUUUACAUGUUGAUAAACAUGAAUACUUUACAUCAUUAGAGGAUCAACAAUUAAUGAGUGGUCAUAUUACAAAUAGUUCACAAUAUACUUUAUUAAAGAAAUUAUCAGUGCCAACUUCAAAUAGUCGUCAAACUGGUAAAAUGUCAAGAGGUUAUUAUCUUAGAUUAUAUGAUCAAAAACCAAUUUCAAAUUAUGGUAUUAAAAUUAAAGAUACAUUAAUAUUUAAAAAAAAGAUAUUAAACAGAGGAUUAUCAAUUGAUGAUGCAGAAGGUGGAAUUGAAAUUACUGUAUUAUAUUCACCAUUAUCAAUGUUACCAACUACAUCUGAUUUAGAUUUUGAAAAAGAAUUAAAAGAAAAUCAACAACAACUUAAUAAUAAUAAUAACAAUAAUAAUAAUAAUAAUAAUAAUAAUAAUAAUAAUAAUAAUAACAAUAAUAAUAAUAUAACAACAACCACUACUACUACUACAUCAUCAUUAAUUAAUCAAACAAAUGAAAUUUUAUUACCAAAUUUAAUAAAAAUUGAUAAUACAUCAUUAUUACAAGAUAUAAAGAAUGAAAAAAAGAAGAGAAAGAGCAAGAGAACACCAUCAUCAGUUGGUUUACCAUUCAAUAUUAUUCAUAAGACUCAUGUUGAUUUCGAAUAUAAAUGGUCGGGUACAUCAGUUGAGGAUACAUUUGAAUUUAAAGAGAAAUUAGGACAAGGUGGAUAUGGUGCUGUAUUUAAAGUUUUACAUAGGGAAACUAAUUUUCCAUUGGCUAUUAAAGUAUUAUCAAUUACACCAACUAGAAUUAAAGAUAUUGAGAAGGAGAUUGACCUAUUGAAGAAAUGUCGUUGUCCAAAUGUACUCUCUUAUUAUGGUUCAAUCAGUUCUAAACUUACUGAACUUUGGAUUCUUAUGGAUCAUUGUGCAGUUGGUAGUAUCAAUGAUAUGAUGAAGAUUUGUUGUGACACUUUGGACGAGGAGCAAAUCGCCGUUGUUACAUUAAAUGUUUUGAAUGGGUUAGGCUAUCUUCAUUCAAAGGGUAUAGUUCAUUUGGAUGUGAAGGCUGCUAAUAUUCUAUUGACUGAAGAUAAACAAAUUAAAAUCGCUGAUUUUGGUGUUUCUCAACAAUUACAAACUGAAUAUGGUCAAGCAAAUGUUUACAUUGGUAGUCCACUCUAUAUGGCACCCGAGGUAAUACUAAAGGCUCCUUACAAUUCAAAGGCUGAUAUUUGGUCUCUAGGUAUCACUUUGAUUGAAUUGGCUGAAGGUAGACCCCCAAAUAGAGGUCUAAGAUCAAUGAAUCAAUUGGUUGAAAUUCCAAAUAUGCCACCUCCAAAAUUAUCAAAUCCAAAAGAUUGGUCACCUUGUUUCAAUAAUUUCUUGGCAACUUGUUUAGUAAAAGAUCCUGUUCAAAGACCUUCUGUUAUUGAUUUAUUAUCUCACGAUUUCAUAAAGAAUGCAAAGACUACAGAAGUUUUAUCGAAUUUAGUUAAACAAACAUUAUCUUCAAGACAAUCAAUAUAA